CUCACUGUUUAGUCCAUUUCCUAUCCCCGGCGCGGAGAAGAAGAUGAUGUGAAUCAAGUCAGGUGACCAUAACCUAGAAAUGGAGCAGCAACAGCGCGGUCAAUGUAAAUGAAAAUGCUGGAAAAUGGAAACGUUUUACAAACCGAAGAAAAUUCCGGCGCAGAACAUCGUGCUGCGCCUAAACCACCGCCAAAUCUUCUCGUAUAAGAAACCGGGCACGCAUUACCAUUCGGCCAGACAAUUUCACCAGAAUAUCGUGCCGAAUUAUACGCUGAUAAAUGUUGAGAAACCGCCGUGUUUCUUGAGGAAAUUCAGUCCGGAUGGCAAACAUUUCAUCGCGUUCUCGUGCGACCAAAUGUCGCUCGAGAUAUACGUGUACCAAGGGCCCGCAGCCGCGGCCGAUCUCUUGCAAAACUUUAACGACAGGAAUAACGAAAAGAAAAAAUUCGAAAUUAACAGCCAAAUAUUCGGACGAUUUUUUAAAAUGAAGCAUGUAGUGAAUGUGGCCAGAGGAAACGAACAGCUGAACAGGGAAUGUAGUUUAUUUACAGACGACAGUAGAUAUGUGAUAAUAGGUUCUGCCUCCUUUAUUCCUGAAGAAAUCAGACCUCAUUUUUAUGAGAUAUACACUAACAAUGAAUCAGUUACAUUCGGUCAAAGGUCUCCCUUGGAAGACUACACCUUACACUUGAUCGAUUUACAACAAGGAAAGCUCUGUGAUACAAGACAGUUUAAGGUGGACAAAAUUUUUCUGUCACACAAUCAGGGUUUGUAUUUGUAUAAAGACACCCUGGCUGUUCUUUCCAUUCAGCAUCAAAUGAUACACAUUUAUCAAAUUUUGGAUGGAAUGUUUGUAGAUGUGAGAAAAAUAGGCAGAUUCUGUUACGAAGACGAUUUGUACUGCUACAAUUUGGUAUAUCCAAACGAAAGAGCCUUUAAAGAUCACAAUAUAAGUUCUUUAAAGCACAGAGUGUUAACAUUUCUGUACAAAAGAGCUGCUCACUUGAGCAAAGAGACAAACAAUCCGACUGAACUGAGAAGAUUCUAUCAUUAUUUUGAUAAUUUUUUGUCUUUGAAAUUGUGGAAAAUGCAAUUAUUGGAUGAAGAUCAUCUUUUCAUUAAGUAUGCAAGUGAAGAUGUGGUCACACUUAAAACAUUGGAUGUGAACAGCCAACCUCAAUUUUUUGUUGUCUACAACAUGAAGGAGAGCAAAGUUUUGGCCAUAUAUGAAAACACUUCAAAAAAGUUGUUGGACUGUUUCGAAAACUUUUGCGAUUAUUUCCGCAACGCGUGUAUAUACAACGAGACCCAGUUCACAUGCAGUCCAUCCAACAAUCUCUAUGCCAGACUCCUCCAUCACAGGUUCAAGCAAACCAUAGUCAGCGCCAAGUUUGGUGGAUCUACGGAAGCGACCAAAAGACUUUUAUCCCAGUUACCCAUAAGUGCCCAAUCCUAUACCAGUUCUCCAUAUUUAGAUUUGGCCUUAUUCAGUUACGAUGACAAGCUGGUCUCAGUCAUGGAAAGGCCUAAAGCUUCAGGUGAACACCCUAUCAGGUUUUAUGCACGUGAUUCCGGAUUUUUAAGAUUUCGAAUUUAUGCGGGUCAAGUGAGAACAGCGACAAAGCCGAAUAGAAGAUUAGUUGCCUUUACAUUCCACCCAAGUGAUCCUUUUGCAAUUUCCGUACAAAGAACGGAUGCCGAGUAUAUUGUAAAUUUUCACAUUAGGUUCGACACCGCUGAUUUAGAAGGUAAAAUCGUUAACGAGGAUAACGUCAUCUAAGAC